UGGAAGUCGCAGUACCUUUCAGAUCUCCAUAACCGGACAAAGUGGACUCGGAAACGCGACAAUCUGCAUAUUGGAACCAUGGUCCUCGUGAAAGAGGAUAACCUGCCACCCCAGAAGUGGCGAUUGGGUAGAGUCACGGAAGUUUUUAAGGGCGACGACGAAAACGUCCGCGUCGUAACCGUCUGCACGCAGGACGGCGUCUUCCGGAGGGGCAUUUCCAAGAUUUGCAUCCUUCCAAUCCGGGACAACGAUCAGGAGUCCCCAUCAAAAGACUGAUUCUUCUACCAAGGUGGCUUGGCACCGCGGAGGGCCCACGGAGCGGUCCUCCGCAUUCCAGUUAAGUAUUUGUAUAACAAUGUAUUUCAAAAAAUUCAAAGAAUGUUCAUCCCCCAUAGCUGCAUCCCCUCCCGGUUUCCGGGACGGUCAAGAAGAGAGGUCGCCUGGUCAUCCAUUGUCCAAGCCGUCAAUCGUCUGCAUUAAGAUUGUUCUGUGUCGUCAUGCAUGUCUGUCCAAGGUUCGGUGUACAAUACGCAUUCCCGAUUCUCAAGAUCCCGUUGAUCACAGCAUCCAGCAUCAACGAACUCCAUCCCUCGAGCGAAGGGCCCGUCGCUCGAUCCGUUGAUCCCACCGGCCAGUCUUCAGUCGACUUGAUCACUCGCAACGAAGACUCCGUCAGUUCAGGAUUGACACCCUAGAUGUUCAUCAUUAGCAUGUCACCAGCAAUCCAUCGCUACCCGCACGUAGCAUCAUCGCGGUGCCAAGGGCACCCGCGGAGGUCCGGAUGCAAGGACCUCCGCAGCCAGGCAAGUUCUGUUUCAAUUGUUCAUUUCCUUGUAAAAAGCCUCCCAUGUUUUGUAGAAUCGUACACCAACCUCCGGCCCAGAGGCCGACGGUCAGCCACCGUAGACGUAGACCAGGACGACACACAAUCCCACCCCUAGCGGAAUGCAGACGACAAAGUGAACCCCGUAUAAACCAGCAGGACCCAUCCACGUGUCAUCAUUCAAGGACGGCACCCGCCGUUGCAGCAGUGAAGAAUGCAGCUAUCCAGCAACCAGUCGAAAGUCGGUCAAGGUCAUCGAGCACCAUAGCAGAGCACAGCAGCCGAAUCCCAGUGCAGACGUAGAACCGAUUAGCCACGAAGAAGUGUUUACAUCCAUUCGAAUUACAAUUGUUGUUGAAUUGAGCGAGAUAGAUUAGGUAGUUCCAGAUAGGAUUCGAUACACUACACUACCGUCCAAAAUUUAGGUUAUCCAAUUAGUUUGAAAUCUCUAGGAUUUCAAGGCGGCCGGCAUGUUCAGACUUGAAAAACUAGACCGGCCUGGCAACCCCAAAAUAGGUUCCACGCGCGAACAGUAGGCAUCCUCUUUACCCCAUGAUAAUUAUUGCGCUAUCUCUUAUCAUGCCGUAGGUAGAUAACGAUACCAUCGAUCAUCUCCGAUCGGUAUCGAUCGUUCCCCAUAUUCACCACUGGCCCCAUCGUAUCACUAAGAAUACGAGAGGCAGUCAGUUCAAUUUCAACCGCACACUGUAUCGCGUCGGACACAAUUUACGUAUAAUAAAUCGGUCGAGCUAGGAAGUGUUGUUUCGAUAAACAAAUGUUAGAAACAUUUUGGUCCUUCGAGCCGGAUGACCGUUGGACGAUCGAAUUGAAAUUGGGCAAAUUGCCUUGUGAACUCCGGUGCCUGUGAACAAUAACACGCCGGUCAGUGACCCGACCGUAGUGCAAUUAGCGCGAUCAAAAUCGCCAUAGUGAUCUGUGGCUCAACCGAGCGAAGAAAACCAUAGGAAAUUGAAUGGGAUUGCAUGCCAUCGUGCGCUGCUGCUAGCCUGAGUGCACAUCGUAGCAAGCCAACGACGACGGACAGCGGUGGAUCUACGCUUGGCGAAAUUGGAGUCAUCUGGUGGAGAUCGAGAUUCAACGAACCAGGACGUGCUGUAGGAUAACAGGGAAGUAAACUUGCAUGUGAUCUGUGGUGGCGCCAUGCAUGCGGUGCACACUGGCAAUUGUAGAGAAGGAUGGAAUAAAAUGGUGGUUUGAAAAUUACUGUUUCAUUUGCAUGCGAAUUUGUGUCCCUGAAGUCUAUGACGGUUGGUCUUUGGUUCUGCUGGCAAACUUUCGGCUUGUUCUUCACCUGGUCGGCUCCCCUCCUCGCAGUCAGCAUUAUUGGUCGUUCUGUUCUCUGUCAAUCGUGGGCCGGAGGGUUGAGUCGCGAAUCGCGGAGGUCGUGUGAAUGUGCACAGUGGUCCAGAAAGCAGAUCUGAAAGUGGUUAAAAGUGACUUGAAAACUUUGAACUGCAGUGUGAAUAGUGUCCAAUGAUACAGCAAUAAACGAAAAGGCAACCAAUUUUGAACGUUGAAAAGUGGUUCGAGAGUGCUAAAAUGACCAGUGAAUUAAAGGAAUUAAAGUCGCAGCAACGGCAGGUGCGGAGUACGUUUGAAGGUGUGAAGCAGUUCAUCCUGAAGUACAAGCGGGAGAAGCAUGAGACCCAAAUCGCAACCAGGAUGGAAAUAUUGGAGGAAGCGAUGAAGAAGCUGUAUGUGCUGCGACGAAAAAUCGAGGUGCUCACGGAAGAAGCUGAUGAGCAGGAGUUUUUGGGCUCAAAGGAGGAACCUGCGGAACUGAAGGCUCGCUUGUCUGCUCUCGUCGAAAAGCGUCAGCUCGAGAACAGCGCUGUCAUCCAGCAAGCUGAAGACACGUACUGUGAGCUGAAAUCGGCACUUCAGAACUUGCGCCCUAAUGAAUCAGCUACACCGUCAGUUCAACCCAGACCCACUGCCUUGUCUACGGUCAAACUACCAGAGAUUCGGCUCCCCAGUUUCGGCGGCAAAAUCCGAGAUUGGGUAACGUUUCGAGACAUGUUUAGAAGUCUGAUCCACCGUAAUCAACAGCUGACGGACAUCGAUAAGUUUACUUAUCUCAGAUCGUCACUUGAAGGCGAAGCGCUCCGGGAGAUCGCAAUGAUUGAAAUUACCGCUGCAAACUACAUCAUUGCCUGGGAAAUGCUGCAGAAACGGUAUGAGAACAAGAAACUAAUUGUCAAGGCUCAUAUCGACGCUCUAUUCGCAGUAGAACCGCUGAAACGAGAAAAUUACGAGGCAUUGUGUCAUCUCAUCAGCGAGUACGACCGCAAUCUUCAAAUGCUGGACAAAAUCGGCGAAGACACCCCGAAGUGGAGUACAAUCCUUGUACACAUGGUGUGCUCCAGACUAGAUGCCGCCACCCUACGAAAUUGGGAAACUCACUAUGGUUCCACGGAGGUCCCAACGUAUGACCAGUUAAUGGAGUUCCUACGCAAGCAUUGUGCUGUACUACAGUCGAUAGUCCCAGCAAAGCCCGCUCAAGUCGAAGUGAAGAAGCCAAAAUUCACCGUGAGUCACGCUCAAACUUCCGCUCCAAAUUCCACCCGUUGUCCAUUCUGCUCGGAAGAAAUGCAUUCAGCCUUCAAAUGCCAAAAAUUCAUCAAGAUGAAAAUCCCGGAACGAUACGAGAAGGUGAAACGGUUUGAGCUCUGCUUGAAUUGUCUUUCGUCGUCACACAUGGUUCGAGUAUGUACGGCUGGCGUAUGUCGAUACUGCCAGAGGAAGCACCAUUCGCUUCUCCACUCCGGAGGCUUCAACAGUGGAAAGUCAACUGCACCAACACCACAGAGCGACUCCUCCGGCCCACAAAUUCAGAAUCGAUCACAGACGACAAACCCACAGCAACCACAGCCACAAGCCCAGAACCAACCAACCCAGACUCAGACAGCUGGUCCCAGUACCAGCUCCUUUCCCAUUGCAAACACAAGUUCGCUCUCGCAAACACCACCACAACCCACCACAGAUCCUACACUUCCAUGCAAUUCUCUCCCCGCCACGAUACACACCCCACCUCGUCAAGUUUUGCUCUCAACGGCACUCGUUCGUGUGUCGGACAAGUUCGGAAAUACCCAGCUAGCUAGAGUCCUUUUGGAUUCCUGUUCCGAAUAUUGCUUCGUCACAACAAGCCUUUCGCAAAGGUUGAGGUUGGCGGAAACGUCCAGCUACCUGUCCGUAGCCGGAAUCGGAGGAUCCGUGGUCAAGUCAACAAAGAUGGUGGAAGCUAAAAUUACUGCAAGAUCCUCUCGUAUCUCCGAGUACUCCGAAAACAUCCAGCUUCACGUGCUUCCUAGACUCACCUCAGAAUUGCCGAUAAAUCCAGUCAACGUACAAGAGUUGGCCAUUCCCAGCGGAUUCAUCUUGGCGGACCCGAACUUCCACAAGCCAGGUCCGAUCGACAUCAUUAUAGGCGCAGAGUACUACUACGACUUGCUCCGGGAGGACAAGGUGAAACUUUCCGACGAUGGACCAACGCUGCAAAGUACCGUCUUCGGAUGGGUGGUCUCAGGACGUAUUUCUGGGAACGCUGUCGAGGUUCCUACAACAGUUUCUCACUCCUGUUCCACUCUCGAUCUACGAGAGCUCAUAGCCAAGUUUUGGGAACUGGAGUCCUGCAAUAGUUCGAGCACUUUGUCGGUCGAAGAAACUAUAUGUGAAGACAUCUAUGAGAAAACGACUGUACGAGAUAACGAAGGAAGAUUUGUCGUAACGCUUCCCAAGAAAGAGCACGUCAUCAGCCAACUGGGAGACUCCAAAGCCAUCGCUCUAAAGCGCCUCCACGGAAUGGAGAGAAGAUUCGCAACGAACGAAAAGUUGAAGGUACUCUACAUCGACUUUGUCCAGGAAUACCUUUCCAUGAACCACAUGCGUGAAGUCGAUGCUGGAGAAGACAAAAGGCCAUCAUAUUAUCUACCUCAUCACGCAGUGCUCAAACCUGACAGCACCACCACCAAGUUAAGAGUAGUGUUUGAUGGUUCCUGCCGCUCCUCGUCUGGAGUGUCCUUGAACGACGGCCUAAUAGUAGGACCUGUGGUGCAGGACGACCUGUUCUCCAUCAUCCUGCGUUUCCACUCUUGGGAAUUCGUGCUGGUAGCGGAUAUUGCGAAGAUGUACCGCAUGGUGAAGGUGGCGGAAGACGAUCAGCCAUUUCAGCGGAUUUUGUGGAGGGAUUCACCUGAUCAGCCUGUCAGGACCUACGAGUUAACCACCGUCACCUACGGAACCGCAUCAGCGCCAUAUCUGGCGACCAAAUGCCUUCAACGGCUAGGCACAGAAGGUGAGACCUCCCACCCGACAGCCGCAAAGGUCGUUCGAAAGGACUUUUACGUUGACGAUUUGUUAACCGGUACCGACAGCAUCGAAGAAGGGAAAGCACUCGCCACGGAGCUCAUUUCCCUGACAAACUCAGCUGGCUUCACGUUGCGCAAGUGGAGCUCGAACAGUUCCGAGCUGAUGUCUACGAUUCCAGCAGAACUUCGAGAUGAACGCACCACCCUGGAACUAGAUUCGUCGACGUCGGUUGUAAAAACGCUUGGGCUUACUUGGGAACCGGCCAAGGACAUCUUCAAGUUUGCCGUACCACGCUGGAGCUCUGAGCCAACCAUCACCAAGCGGGUCGUUCUCUCCGACACUGCUCGCAUUUUCGAUCCACUGGGCCUCCUCGGUCCGGUAACUGUCCAAGCGAAAAUAUUUCUCCAGCAGCUUUGGAAGCAGAAGUCGGAUUGGGAUGAUGCCUUGCCAGAAACCUUUCAGGCCUUCUGGAACGAAUUUCGUCGGAACGCCGGCGCCCUCGAGUCUCUCUCGGUUCCACGAUGGACCGGCUUCAGUAGCGGUUUAGCGUCGGUGGAACUGCAUGGGUUUUGCGAUGCGUCGGAGGCAGCAUAUGGUGCCUGCCUGUAUCUGCGGUGCGAAUCACCGGACGGAUCAGUUAUCGUCCGCCUCAUCACUUCGAAAUCGCGCGUAGCGCCACUGGAAGAUCUCUCGCGCAAGAAGAAGAAGCAGUCGAUCCCACGGCUUGAAUUAUCAUCCGCUUUACUUCUGAGCCAUCUCUACGAGAAGUUCCGGAGCAGCGUUGACGUUUCUGCCAAUGUCUACUUCUGGACGGACUCCAUGAUAGUCAAAUGCUGGCUCUCGUCACUUCCUUCGCGUUGGCAAUCGUUUGUGGCUAACAGGGUGUCAGAAAUCCAGCACAUUACCAAGUCAGGAGUUUGGAAUCAUGUCGCUGGGGCCGACAAUCCGGCGGAUAUAGUAUCCCGCGGGAUGACACCUGCACAGUUGGCUUACCAGUCCAUCUGGUUCGAAGGUCCGUUGUGGCUACGCCAAGAUCGAACCAAUUGGCCAAAGUCAGCAGUCGUUCAAUCAGAGUUGGAGAAUGCUUUGCUGGAGGAAAGGCCAGCAGCAUCGCUUCCCGUUCAAGUCAAGCCACCCAGCUCCAUUUUUUCGCUCCGAUCAUCGUUCCCGGCACUAGUCCGACUCGUUGCAUGGAUUCGUCGGUUCGCACACAAUGCAGUUCCUAGACAUCGAGCUUGCAAGCACAGCGGAAUCCUGUCGACAUUCGAACUCAACAAAGCAGAGCUACAGCUAGUACGAUUAUCCCAGUCGGAAAGCUUUCCGGCGGAAAUCGCUGCGUUAUCCAAGAACCAGCCCAUCAGUCCAUCGUCGAAGCUCCUUGCAGCAAAUCCCUUUUUGGUCGAAGGCGUACUUCGGGUCGGCGGCCGGCUGCAGCGUGCUCCUAUUGCAGAAACCCGCAAGCAUCCACUGAUUCUACAUCACCAACAUCCACUAACGAAGCUGAUAAUGGAUCACUAUCACCGAAGACUGUUCCACGCUGGACAGCAACUCGUAAUCAGUUCCGUCCGAGAGAAGUUCUGGCCAACGCGAGCCCGAGACGUCGCCCGUUGGACCAUCCAUCGCUGUGUUCCCUGCUUCCGGAGCAAACCAAAGGUCCACGAGCAGCUGAUGGCCGACCUACCUCCCGUUCGGGUGACACCCGCAGCUGUUUUUUUGAAGGUCGGAAUCGACCUAUGCGGACCGUUUCACAUUCGCUAUCCAGGUCGUCGCAGCGCACCGAUCAAAGCCUUUGUGUGCAUUUUCGUCUGUCUGGCGACCAAGGCCGUACACAUGGAAAUUGUUGCCGAUCUCUCAACACAAGCGUUCCUUGCGGCGUUCAAGCGGUUUGUCGCAAUUCGUGGAAAGCCCCAGUUGAUCAUGUGCGACAACGCAACCAAUUUCGUAGGAGCGAAUAGGGAACUGGAAUUGCUACGUCGACAGCUAAACGAUCAGCAAGAGGUUCUGGUCAACACAGCAUUAGACGAAGGAAUUGACUUCCAGUUCAUCCCACCUCGCUCUCCCAACUUCGGCGGACUUUGGGAGGCGGCUGUAAAAUCCUUUAAAGGACACUUUCGGAAGACCAUCGGCGACAGAACUUUGACGUACGACGAGCUGCACACCGUAGUCCACCAGAUUGCGGCGAUUCUCAACUCCAGGCCACUGACACCCCUCAGCAAUGACCCCGCCGACUUUGCGGCGCUCACCCCAGGACACUUCCUUGUGGGGAGACCUCUUACGGCCGUUCCAGAGCCGGACCUGCAAGAGGUGCCGGAAAACCGCCUGUCCCAGUGGCAACGCACUCAGCAUUUCGUACAGCAACUGUGGAGAAAGUGGAAGUCGCAGUACCUUUCAGAUCUCCAUAACCGGACAAAGUGGACUCGGAAACGCGACAAUCUGCAUAUUGGAACCAUGGUCCUCGUGAAAGAGGAUAACCUGCCACCCCAGAAGUGGCGAUUGGGUAGAGUCACGGAAGUUUUUAAGGGCGACGACGAAAACGUCCGCGUCGUAACCGUCUGCACGCAGGACGGCGUCUUCCGGAGGGGCAUUUCCAAGAUUUGCAUCCUUCCAAUCCGGGACAACGAUCAGGAGUCCCCAUCAAAAGACUGA